AUGCAUAGAAAUAAACUAGGAAUUUACUUUGUUGGGAAGAGGAAGAACCAUGGAAGGCUUAUGCGCCUAUCGCAGGGUAGGGUGUGUGCCCACGUGGGGGAAUUCACCACAGGAAGGGGGAUUGAUCCCCCAGAGUUGGGUGCCCUAACGAAGGUGCUCAUCGACCCGAUGACCUCAGCACAACGACCGAACAGCGACAAAAUAUUCUCGGCCUACACCAAAAGUUACAUCCACAAGGAGAGCGAACAGACCCUCAUUCUAUGUCUAAAGAGACUAAACGAGUUGGAAAGAAACAGGAAGGUUGCAAAGUUGUCUCAGUACAUCUAUGAACUGCAAAAUCUAUCCAAGUCGAAGGUAAUGUAUAAUGUAUUGAAACAGAUUAAGUUAGUGCACAACUUAUUUGAGAGGAUAAACACAGGGAUGGGAACCGAGUCGUUAUCCCCCUCGUUGCUGCUUUCCGUUGCCAUGAGUUAUAAGAAUCUACGUCUGAAUAAAUAUACCUACUUUAAGAACGUCCUGCGUGCAGUGUGUAGCAACAUAAGGGUGUAUAAGACGAAUAAGUUGGCUAGACUAGUAUCCCCCGAACGAAGGAAUAUCGAAUCGAGUGAUGACUACAAACACACGGUAGAGUUGAUAAGAAAAGCGAAUAAGCAACGUAGAAAUGAAAGACGAAUUAACAUGCUAAAUGUAUACACCAAUCUGCUGAAUAAUAGCACCCUGAGUUAUAUUCUAUAUGCCUACUCCACUAUGUUCUGUUCCCCUAAUGAGUACGUCCUCUACAUGAGCAAAUACAUCCUCCUAAAUUCGUCCAUGCUGAACCAUUUGGACAUGCUAUGCAUUCUACACUUCCUGAGGAAGAUCAGUGUAAAGAUUCGUAGGAGUGAUAUCGUGGUAUAUUCGAAUGGGACGGCACCGGUGCGAUGUGAAGGGGAGACCAAGUUGGGUAAAGUAGACCUUACGAACGGCGAAACACGGUUAAGCAGUACAGAUGGGAAGACCAUUCGUGGGGACCACCCCACCAUACCUGAAAGAGAAACCAAAUUCAUCGUCAACCAAACCAAUCAGCUGAAGAACCGACACGGAAACAACCCCUACGAUGAGCACAGAAACACCUACUUAAAACUACUCAGGAGUAUUAUUCACGUUAUAAAAAAGAGAAAAACUCAUUUCUGCGAAAAGCCAACUAUUUUAAUAUCCAUUCUGUACAACUUUUACAAACUGAACUUGGUUCCCAUUGAAAUAUUCUACUCCUUCCACAACCGCAUAAAGAGGGAGAUAAAAAAUGUGGAAGUGAAGUCUGUUGCCCUUUAUUUGCACAUUUUGAGUGACAUUCAGUUUGACCUCCGCUAUUACAAGUGUUUUUAUAAACAUUUGGCCUCCCUUUUUGAGGGCCGGGAGAAGCAGUUCGAUUUGCUCUCUGUGUGUUUGUCCUUCUACUCAUUAGCCAGGAAUAGGCAUUACGACGAAUCAUUUGUUAGCACCUGCCUGGAGUUGUUUCGUCGGUAUGCCCACAACCUGAACGACGUAAACAUCACGAACGUGAUCCACACCAUGGGGAAAGUAAAAAUUGCAGACGAGGAGCUGCUCCACAGGCUAUGCGACGUGGUAACAAAAAGGAUGGAAAAUAUUUCCGCGAUAAAUUUGAGCCUCAUUGUGCUUAGUCUAGCCAAGCUCAAGUAUGAGAAUAAGGAAUUCUACCAUUUGUGUAUGAACAAAGGGAAGGAGUUGCUUCCUGCCUUUACAGAAAAACAGCUUGUUGUAUUCACCUACGGGUUGGUAUUAACUCAGACGUUCAAUUAUCCCUUCAUGGAAAUGUUCUUUAGGCAGUACAUAAAAAUUAGUAAUACUAGUAAUACUAGUAAUACCAGUAAUACCAGUAAUAGUAGAAGAAGGCAGAUGCUGGGGACCAUCUGUUACUGCCUAUAUCUGGAGACACCGUGCUUUGUGGAAAACUUUCCCCUGUCUGUUAACACCUUUCUGAGAAACAAUCUCCAUUUUGUUCAGGACAAACAGGGUGGAAAAAUGCACGACGAGUUGGCUGUCAUUCUGAAGCACCUACAUGUAGACCGCUUUGAAAUGUUGAAGAGAAAAAAACCCUACGUGUUUGAUAUUUACAUUGGGGGGGCGUCUAAUGCAGGCGAACGGGAAAUAUAUAUAGACUUCCUCCUUCCCAGAAAACUUCUGCGCAAUUCGUGCAGCCUCAAUGGGUUCCAGCAAAUGAAGAAGCGCCACAUGGAAUUGCUUAACGUGGACCUCUUUCAUCUGGACGUGGACUCCUACAUGCGUCUACAAUCCAUGCAGGACAAGGUGAAUUUUGUUCGCCUCUUUCUGAAGGAGGUGUGUUCCUACAAUUUGAACCAACUUGGCGAAACGGACAAGGGGAAGAGGCAAGAAAUAAUUAACCUGCUUCGGUUCAGCGAGGCGGCUACCCAGGUGGGAAGCCCUUCACCCCCACAGAGGGACGGCCAUCCUAUCAGAAGCCGGGAUUAUCACAUCUUCCCUUCUUGCGCGAAAAUCCAAAAUGCAAAAAAAGGUUUUUACAAAAGUCACCCUGCGAGAGUGAACUAUGAAGAGCCAUUUAAAAAAAGGAAACAAAUUUUCCUCGACAUCGAUGAAGGGAAGUUGUUCAGUGGUAGUGACGUGGAUUCGUCCAAAAAUUGGAGAGACCACAUGCCAGGGCACACGCAUGACGGGUUCACGCAUUUUGAAUACGCCUCCCCGAAAAAGGAGACCUUUCUCUUUGGAAGAAAAUGUCACGGGUUAAACAAAUACGAGUACGUUGAUGAGCGCAGUGGGAAAAUUGUUAUCACGAGGGGGUACGGCGUUGGAAGGUAG